UGAUGAAUUUGAACAACAUGUGGAUGGAUAGCUCAAAGUGAAUAAUGGAAGAGUUAUCAAUGCUUAUUCUUUUGAAUAUUUUCAUUCUAUGUCAUGGAUUAAGAGAUAACGUUGCCCUAUACAAAGACAGUAGACAGAGUUCAACACAUUACGAAUCAGGAUCGCCAGGUAGUCCAUUCCUUGCAACUGAUGGUAACAAACAGCAAGUAGCAUAUCAACCACCAUUUGAUCAACUGUUUUGUACCUCUACAAUAACGAAUGAUUUGACCUGCUGGUGGGCAGUGGAUCUUGGACAGGAGUAUUCUAUCAACAGUGUCACGAUCUUCAACAGACUAGACUGUUGUAGUAAGUAUGUACGACAAAUGAUAGUUUCUAGUGAACUUUACUCUAUUUAG